GCCCCAAUGUAAGAGAGGGACAUGAACGUCUCCGAACUUACGGCCGUUAGCCAGUCUGUGUGCCUUGACUCCUGAACCUCAAACAUCGGCUAGGAUCACACCACUUUCGGCUUCAGGAUUGUCCCCUUCGCUUUCGUCACCGCCGCUCGGUUUCCGUAACCAGGCGGGAUGGCCGGCACCAUCAUAAUCACCGGUGCGAACGGCUCCAUAGCCGUGCACGCCGUGCAGCAACUGCUCAGCAAGGCGCCGGAUAGCACUCUAAUCCUGACGGUCCGCAAUAUUUCAGCCACGGAUCCGAACACAAGAAGACUCGGAGAGGCAGUGAAUCAAUUCCCCAAAUCAAACGUUGUCAUUCGGAGACUCGAUCUCGCCAACUUGAAAGAUGUGCAUAAAUUCGCAGAAACAAUCGCCGCCGAGGUCGCCCAGGAGAAACUACCACCCCUCGCGGCCAUUAUCUGCAACGCAUUUCACUGGAAUAUGAUCGCUGCCCCAGAACUCACCGAGGACGGGCGUGAGAAGACAAUGCAGGUGAACCAUGUCUCACACGCGGCCCUCAUUCUCCGGCUUCUAGGUAGUUUCGGGCCGCGAGGGGGUCGGCUCGUGCUUUUCACGAGCGACUGCCAUUACCCGGGACGCAACAGUCUUGAGGUAUAUCCGCCGGGUUUACCGGAUGACUUAGACGGGCUGAUCCGGGCUGACCCCGACACGGAUAAGCGAGGCCGUGGGUUCCAGAACUAUGCGAAUUCCAAGCUCGCCAUCCUUAUGUGGACAUACGCUUUGAACCGGUACCUUGAAAGAGAUGAACAGUUCAACAAGAUCUCGGCGGUCGCCAUUGACCCGGGUAGCAUUGCCGAUUCACGAGCCCUACGCACGAACACGCCCGCCACAUUGUCGCAUACGCAGAGGUUCGUGCUUCAGCCGUUAUGGCCGAUGCUCCGCCUUAUAAUGCCUAAUCUGCGGCCAUCGAUCGAUGCCGGUGCUGAUAUCGCUGAUAUCGCGCUGAACCGGACGCACGCUGGGGAGCGUGGGUAUCUUAACCUCAUGAUGCCUGGACCCAGCUCGGAGGAGAGUUUGAACUCUAUAAAGCAACAGAAGAUAUGGGUAAAAACAGCCGAAUGGGCCGGAAUCACAAGGGAAAACACCGCGCUUCAGGGAGGAUUUCAGAGUCAUUGCCCUUAUUGAAUACGCUCAGGACACUGGUCGGAAAUGGUGAUCAUCGUGAGAAUACAAUAAAACAUGGAUUUAAGCUGAUUAAUUAUGUACAGGCUUUUCGCUAGGUCAGGUUUAAUAUACAGCUGUCCGCUCUAGUUCUGGGUAUAUUGUUACGAAAUUCCAUCCUUGUGUAACACCUUCAAAUCAAAUCAAAGUAGCUUAGAGUACUUACUCCUGAUCCCACUUGCCAUUGUCCCGCCAUUAGCAAAGCGUCUGU